AUGGAUCCCGCCUCCCAAACCCUUCCACCGGAAGCCAUCGCCCUCGCGGGCCGCCUGUACGACGGCGCGCGCGCCGGCGACAUGGCGCUCUUCCAGCAGGCUUUACCCGCGGGGCUGCCUGCGAACAUGACCAACGAGAAGGGCGACACAUUGCUCAUGCUCGCAGCGUACCACGGUCACGCCGCCCUCGUCAAGCUCCUCAUCCAGCACGGCGCGGACCCCAACCGACUUAACGAUAGGGGCCAGAGCCCGCUUGCCGGCGCGGUGUUUAAGAAGGAGGACGAGGUGAUUGAGACCAACAAGGCUCUGCUUGAGGGAGGCGCGGACCCGGACUACGGCAACCCCAGCGCGCUGGCCUGCGUCGCGAUGUUUAAGCAGGAGGAGAGGUGGCAGGCGAAGUUUGAGGGCGCGCCGGGGCGGGGGAAGGCGGAGGUUAAGGCUUGA